AUGAAAAAAAAUCCUUAUAAAAUUUCAAUUUUUUGUUUAGACAAAGAUAAUUUGCAAUAGAAAAAUUAUGUAGUAUUAUAAACCAAAUAUUCUGAAUUGAAAAAAAGAAACGCUGAAGAAAUAAGAAAGAAGUAUUAUAACAAUAAUAUGUAGCUGCUUUGUUCGAAUAGGAAAAAUUAAAAAUAUAAAAGCUAAGAAAAAGGCCCAUAACUUUAGAAUCUAAUUAUUAAGAUUUUAUACAUUUGUAAUGAAAAUUCAAAUUAUAAAGUCAUUUAUUUAGAAAUGUUAAUGGCAAUAAGAAUUCUAAAAAGUAAUUACCAAAUAAUAUAGAAAAAACAGAAAACAAAAGGGUAAAGAGUAGAAAAUUAUGAAAAAUAAUUAUGACAUAAAAACAAGAACAAGAAUAGAUUUUUUAAUGAAAGCUUACAUUGCUACAACCACCCUAUGA